AUGGGACUAUUGGUCACAGCAAAUGGAGAAAUUCUGAAUGCUGUGAAUAAGUUCAUUUACAUUGGCAGUACACUCUCCAGGGCUGUCUAUGGAAAUGAUGAAGUUGAUACACGCGUUGCUACAGCUAGCUCAGCAUUUGGGAGACUCCAAAAGAAGCUGUGGGAGAGAAGGAUUAAGCUGCAUACCAAGCUGAAGGUCUCCAGAGUCCUCAUGCUGACCCCACGGCUAGCUCUCUGGCUCGUGACGGCCGCCGCGCUGCUCGGGCUCUGCGGCGGGGGCUGGGCGGCGCGAGUUAACAAGCACAAGCCAUGGAUCGAAACUACAUAUCACGGUAUAGUCACAGAAAAUGACAACACAGUCCUCUUGGAUCCUCCUUUGAUUGCCCUGGACAAAGAUGCCCCUCUGCGCUUUGCAGGUGAGAUAUGUGGAUUUAAAAUUCACGGGCAGAAUGUCCCCUUUGAUGCUGUGGUAGUUGAUAAAUCCACUGGUGAGGGCAUAAUUCGAUCCAAAGAGAAGCUGGACUGUGAACUGCAGAAAGACUACACCUUCACCAUCCAGGCCUAUGAUUGUGGGAAGGGACCAGAUGGAGCCAAUACAAAAAAAUCUCACAAAGCAACAGUACAUAUUCAGGUGAAUGAUGUGAAUGAGUAUGCCCCUAUAUUUAAAGAAAAAUCCUACAAAGCUACAGUUAUUGAGGGGAAGAAAUAUGACAACAUUUUAAAAGUGGAAGCAGUGGACGCAGACUGUUCUCCUCAGUUCAGCCAAAUCUGCAGCUAUGAAAUUGUAACUCCAGAUGUGCCCUUCAUCAUUGACAAGGACGGGUAUAUAAAAAACACUGAGAAGCUAAGCUAUGGGAAAGAGCCUCAGUAUAAGCUGACGGUUACUGCAUAUGACUGUGGAAAGAGAAGAGCUACAGAAGAUGUGUUGGUCAAGAUUAGCAUUAAACCUACAUGCAAGCCUGGCUGGCAAGGAUGGAAUAAGAGGAUUGAGUACGAACCUGGUACUGGGUCUUUGGCCCUUUUCCCCAACAUCCAUUUGGAGACUUGUGAUGAAGCCAUCACCUCCAUCCAAGCGACAGUGGAGCUAGAAACCAGCCACAUAGGCAAAGGCUGUGAUCGGGACACGUACUCGGAGAAGGCCCUCCACCGGCUCUGCGGUGCAUCUUCUGGGACUGCUGAACUUCUUCCUCCUCCAAGCAGCGCCUUGAACUGGACUAUGGGCCUCCCCACUGAUAAUGGCCAUGACAGUGACCAGGUCUUUGAAUUUAACGGCACCCAGGCAGUGAAGAUUCCAGAGGGGGUCGUGUCAGUCAAUGUGAAAGAGCCCUUUAUGAUCUCCGUGUGGAUGAGGCACGGGCCUGGGGACAGGGAGAAGGAGACCAUUCUGUGCAAUUCAGAUAAGACAGAAAUGAACCGGCACCAUUAUUCCCUCUACGUACAUAAUUGCCGACUGGUUUUUCUCUUCCGUCAAGACCCUUCAGAGGAGAAGAGUUACAAACCUGCUGAAUUCCACUGGAAACUGAACCAGGUGUGUGAUAAGGAAUGGCAUCAUUACGUUCUCAACGUGGAGUUCCCCAGUGUGACUCUGUAUGUCGAUGGUGUUUCCUAUGAUCCCUUUCCAGUGACUGAAGAUUAUCCUCUUCACCCUUCCAAGAUAGAAACUCAGCUGGUGGUUGGAGCGUGUUGGCAAGGCGGUGAGCUACACAUGGCUCAAUUUUUCCGAGGUAAUCUGGCCGGCUUAAUGAUUCGCUCUGGGAAAUUGGAAAAUAAGAAGGUGAUUGAUUGUCUGUACACCUGCAAAGAAGGACUCGAUUUGCAAGUGACUGAUAGCAAAGGCCUGAAGAUUCAAGCCAACCCCAGCCAGUCGGUGCUGACUUUGGAAGGAGAUGACUUAGAGAGGUUUGAUAAGGCCAUGCAGCACAUUUCCUAUCUGAAUUCUCGACAGUUCCCCACACCAGGAAUCCGAAGGCUCCAGAUCACCAGCACUGUCAAAUGCUUCAAUGAAGACGCCUGUAUGUCAAUCCCUCUUGUUGAUGGCUAUGUGAUGGUCUUACAGCCAGAGGAACCCAAAAUCAGCUUGAGUGGUAUUAACCAUUUUGCUCGGGCCGCUUCAGAAUUUGAAAGUGCUGAGGGAGUCUCCCUGUUCCCAGAGCUUCGAAUCAUCAGUACCAUCACCCGGGAAGUAGAACAGGACACAGAUGGAGAUGAGGAUCCCACAGUUCAAGAGUCAUUGGUGUCUGAGGAAAUCAUGCACAAUCUGGACACGUGUGAGAUCACCGUGCUGGGAGAGGAGCUAAAUCCAGAUCAGGAAAGUCUGGAGGUGGAUAUGGCCCGCUUGCAGCAGAAGGGCAUUGAGAUGAGCAGCUCCAACCUGGGCGUCGUCAUUACAGGUGUGGACACCAUGGCCAGCUAUGAGGAGGUGCUGCAUCUGGUGCGUUACCGAAACUGGCAUGCCUCCACGUCUGUGCUGGACAGGAAGUUUAAGCUGGUGUGCUCCGAACUGAACGGGCGCUAUGUCAGCAAUGAAUUUAAAGUAGAGGUGAGCGUCAUUCAUACGGCCGACCCAGUGGAACACGCUAACCACAUCGCGGCCCAGCCUCAGUUUGUCCAUCCUGUGCAUCACUCGUUUGUCGACCUGUCCGGCCACAAUCUAGCUAGUCCCCACCCAUUUUCAGUUGUUCCCAGUACAGCAACUGUCGUGAUCGUGGUGUGUGUCAGCUUCCUGGUCUUCAUGAUCAUCCUGGGAGUGUUCCGGAUCCGGGCUGCCCACCAGCGAACCAUGCGGGACCAGGACACCGGGAAGGAGAACGAGAUGGAUUGGGAUGACUCUGCCUUGACCAUUACGGUGAACCCCAUGGAGACCUAUGAGGACCAGCACAGCAGUGAAGAGGAAGAGGAGGAAGAGGAAGAGGAGGAGAGUGAGGAUGGUGAGGAAGAAGAUGACAUCACUAGCGCAGAGUCAGAAAGCAGUGAGGAAGAAGAGGGGGAGCCCGAGGAGGAUCAGCAGAACGUGAAUAGACAGCAGCAGUUAGAAUGGGACGACUCGACCCUCAGCUACUGAGACCAGCCACUCCUCCAUCCGUCCUGUUUCUGCUUUGAAAGACUCUGCUGUCGUCCCCUCCCCUGGUGUACAAAAUCAUUUUGGCCAGUUGGCCCAGUGGCUCCCCUGCUGCCCCUAUGCUUGCCCCUCCUUCCCACUGACUGGAUUGGGUGGUCGGGUUUUUUCAACACUACACGAGGCCCUACCUGGCCCCUUCUCCUUCGUCAUCCCGGCUCAGCUUUCCCGAUGUGCACCCAGGUGUCCAGGCUCCACUCUCUUGUUCCUUCAGAAAAGCUGCAGUGCUCUGACUUGUUGACAAAGGGUAAAGCAUUGCUCAUUCCCACCCAGUGAACAUUUUUCCUUUUUUUAAAAAAAGUUUUAUUUUUUCCAAAUUAGUGCAUGUGUAAAGUGGCAAGAAGGAGGUUAAUGUGUAGAUGAUUAACUUUUGAUAUUUUGUAAAUAAAUUGAAAUUCUGUUGAUGUCC